GCGCCACAGGUGCCCCUUCGGAGGCCUCGCUCGGCAGGCGAGCCGCGGGGCUUCGGCCUGGCUAUGGCGGCGGCGGCGGCGGCCUGGUCGGCGUCGGCCUGGUCGGCCUCCCCGUGAGGCGGCGGCGGCGGCGAGGCUCACGGCAAGGACUAUUUUUGCCCAUUUGGAAUUUGAUUUUCCCAUUUGGGAGACUGUGCUGAAGUAACAUUCAAAGGUGUGGUUGCCCUGGCUUGCCAUCAUGUCAGGUGUAUGGCUUAGCAAAGGCAGAUAGUGCACUUAAUACCCAGAACGUCAUCUACAAGAGAGGGCCAAUUCUAUAUUGGUGGUGUGAUGAAUAUGCCAUUGCAUCAAAUCUCUGUGAUUCCAGCCCGGGAUGUAACUUUUUCCAGAGUCUCUAAGAACAAGGUGAAAGAGAAAGAACAGGCUGGUGGUUCAACCUCUGUUUCUGCUCCUCGCAUCUUCUGUCAAACAUCUGUUACACCAACCAGUCAGGAUAUAUGCAGUUCCAGUGCAGUGUGUUCUGAAUGUUGUCAUCACAGUCCAGUGCAAUCUGCUGUUGUCUUGAAAAAUCCUGUCUCCCAGAAUUCUCUGACUCAAGGGGCCACUGUGACAGUAAUCUGUCAGGAUAUGGUGCAGGCUUCCAAGAAAAAGCUCCAUGGGCAUGAUUGUGGCCAUGUUCUCAAGUCUAAGAAUGGAAAAGCUAUCCAGUCUCUGAAAUUCUCCAAGUCUCUCAGUGAUAUGGACCAGAAGGCUCAGAGUGCAUUCAAGAGCUUUCACUACGCAGAACGAACCUGUUCAGAAGGCAAACUCUCACAAGCCCAGGAGCAGUGUUUAAAGCUUAACACAUUUUAUCACAAGGAGAAGAAAACAUUCAACCUCAGGCCCUUUAAUUUCAGUAGCUCCAAACUCUCUUAUUUCCAGACUCUUUCCACCAAUUACUCUAGCGCUUCUGGGGCUAGUGCAGUACACAUCCCUCUCCUGGAGGAGAAGUGUGAAGGUGAAACAUCCCGGAGCAAAAAGUUGCUGCACUACCUUUUCUCUUCUCGUAGCUCCAGCGCCAGCAGUCAUGAAUUGGAUAACAACUCAAGCUGCCUCCAACCAAAGAAAUCAUCCAGUGUGGUGGUAGAGAGCACAGGUUUCUGUUCAGAUGACAUGGGAGAUGACGAUGUCUUUGAGGACAGUUCCUCUGUGAGGCUGAAAAUUACAGAGCUACGAGCACCACUCUGUUCGAUUGAAAAGGAUAGUGACCUAGAUUGCCCUUCCCCCUUGUCAGAAAUGUCCCCCCCGCUUUCCCCUGUGUCUGUAUCUGGGGAUGCCUGCAGGAUAUGCCAUUGUGAAGGAGAUGACGAGAGCCCUCUAAUCACUCCCUGUCACUGCACAGGGAGCCUUAAUUUCGUGCAUCAGGCUUGCCUGCAGCAGUGGAUCAAGAGCUCAGACACCCGCUGCUGUGAACUCUGCAAAUAUGAAUUUAUCAUGGAGACCAAAUUGAAACCUUUAAGAAAAUGGGAGAAGCUGCAGAUGACAGCCAGUGAGCGAAGGAAGAUCAUGUGCUCUGUGACUUUCCAUGUAAUUGCUAUCACUUGUGUGGUGUGGUCUCUCUAUGUCCUCAUCGACCGAACUGCUGAAGAGAUUAAACAGGGGGAGUCCACCGGUAUUCUAGAGUGGCCAUUUUGGACUAAACUAGUAGUGGUAGCUAUUGGUUUCACUGGAGGAAUUUUGUUCAUGUAUGUUCAGUGCAAAGUCUACAUACAGCUUUGGAAAAGACUUAAGGCUUACAACCGUGUUAUAUAUGUUCAAAACUGUCCAGAAACAAGCAAAAAGAACAUAUUUGAAAAACCCGUGCUUAUUGAACCAAAUCUUGAAAAUACAGAUAUGCUUGCGAGUCAUCAUGCAGAAAUGAGCAGUUUACAUUAUACAGAGCCAGAAGACUCCAGGGCAAACAUUCUUCAUAUCUAGCAUAUUUCCCUCCAUGAAGAUCUGCACCAGCAUUGUUUACCCUGCUCAGCAGCUCAAAAUCAGCACAGGUUGAGCUGGUGCAGCUUUUUUUCGUUUGCACUUAAUAAACACAUUACCAGGGUUGCAAAUCUCAAGCUGACCUGAAAGAAAUACAGGAUUGAUUGCAAGAUUUGUAAAUGAGGUGGAAUGUCCUUGUCUUCUGUAAAGAAUUGUCAGUUUUUGGAGCCUGCUUCCCCCGUCCCCCCAAAAAACCCACCCUCCGCUAUUCCAGGGCCAUGUAAGAACUGAUGAAGCAACCAUUACUGCGUGAAACAACCAAAAGCGACCUCUAGGAGCUAAAGCAUGCCAUCUUUAUCCAUAAAUGAUAUGUCUAAAUGCUUCCCAGCUACGUAAAAAGAAAAAACUUACUUGCAAGGGAUGGACAGACCCAUUACAGACAACUCGGGGAUGCAACUAAGUCCACACCAUCCUUUAAAAUCUCUGUUCGAAAAAUAAAAGUACUUAAAAAGCUGUCUGAGGGCUCCAGCCUCAAAUCUGUUCCCUCAAAAAGCCCUUUUGCAAAACUCCAGAAAUCUUCCAGCCACUCGCAGCGUAGAGCACCUAGUGUGGGGGCUUCAUACUGUGGUGUGUUUUGAGUAGAAUAGAGAGCAGCAGGACUUGGUGGCUUUCUGUCGCUCUGAUAGGGAGGGGGGGAAGUUUGGCUGUCCCAGUUUUUCCAUGCGGCAGCCCCCUCCCGCUGCCCAGUACAGUCCCCUUAUGGUGCUGGAGCGUCAACAGGUUCAAUCUCUCAGAAGGAGACUUGCUCUGUUGGGUGCACACAAUGUCAAAAACCCAUCACAGGAGCUGUUCUAAGCUGUGAGCAUCUGGAAGACUUCUGGAGCUCUGAUUUUGGAGAAGCAAACUUCUAAAAGGAAAAACCGCUAGAGGCAGCACUGGAGUCCGCAGACCCCCCUAUUAUUAUGAGACCUGUAGGGCUGCACAUUCCAAAAUGAAAAAAAAUUGAAUCCACUUAGGAAUCAGUUCUGGUCCACUUAGGUACCAGUUCUACAGGUUUCUCCUCCAUCCCUACUUCCUGCAAACACAAAACAAGCAUAUCAGGAAGGCGGCUCAUCAUCACUUGUGAGCCUGCAAGCCCUAAUGUAGUUCUAAUAUUACCUCAAGCAAUCUGCUUAAAUUCUAGCUGUGAGAUGUUGCUGAAUAUUGUAACAGGAAAAAAGAGGUUGCAAAGCAUAGAGCACUUUAAGGAAGCAAUCCUAGCUAUCGAGGGAGAGAGAUCUGUGGCAACCAGAGCAGGAAGUGGUGUGGUUCACCCCUCCCUUUGUUCUUCAUUUUGUUCCCUCCCAUUGCAGCCAGUGGGACAGAAUUAACUGCACCAGCACUUAAGGACCUUUUUGGAGAAGUGCCAGGGGAACAAGUAGCCAUAUUAUCCUGCAGACCCACAAACUCCCUGGUCACACAUCCAGCAACUGCUGAUCCUUGCUCAGUCAUAAUCAGAGCAGAGACAACAACAUAGAUUUUCACCAUCACACUUGCAAAGCUUACAGCAGACUGUCUCUGGUAGCAAAGGUCCACAGCAUCUUACGAACCCUUUGCCACUCUUUCAAGGGAGCAUAGGAUUGCUCCCUUAAUUGUUUUUAUUUUAUUUUAGAAAAAUUAAAUAAUUUCUUUUUGGUUUGUUCCUUUGACUUAAUCAAGACUCAGUUGCAACGUAGAGCUAACCACUUGCCUUAAAACAACGAAAAGGAGACAUGGUUUAUAUUCAGAAUCUACAAACAUUCUUAAGCCUAACACUACAAGUUCUCUGGGCAUUUUUCCAGGAGUACAUUUUUUUCUGGGAAUAUUGCACAUUUGAGUUUUGUAACAAGGAAAAAUUGAUAUAACCAUAGAUUAAAUGUAGACUCAUUUCAGUGUUUUGAAUUGCUUGUCUGAAGAGCGAAGACUCAGUCGAUAGGCUAAUUUCUUAUACAGAGAAUUGCAAAGGGAAUUUUGAUGCUGCAUUUUGAAGGCCUUGGGACGCUGCUUAUAUGUAUGUUUUCUGUUAUUUCCACCUGGGAAUUUCAAGUAGAACAUUUAACAAGAAUUCAUAAAGUGAACUGUGUGGUGUUGGUUGUUUUGAUCAGCUGAUCACACUUCCUAAAGGGGAGAUAGGAUCCUUUAAAAUAACUUGAAAAAUACAUUGGUCCAUGUGGCCACAUACAACUCUGUUUUCCAUUUUGACUGUUUCAAUAUUUUCUAUAAACUUCUGAUUUACUUCCAAAGAACUUUUGCAAAUCAAAGUUCUCUAACAAAGGUGUUUAGACCAACAUCAUUAGUUAAUGUAAUAAACAAAACCAGUGACUGUGAACUUAUUUGUAUCAAACUUAAAUGUACUUUACUGUUUACUAUGAAGACCAUGACGUGUAUGAUUUAGUAUUUAACAUCGUAUUGCUUUGUAAAUUUAUGAAAUCUUAAUUGUAGUGCAGUCCAAAGAUGGGGAGGGAGGGGAAUAUGAAAGUGGUUAUAUUACUCAAGAGCGUGGCUGGAUAUCUCCAGUUUGGGUGUGUGUCAGGGGGGCGGUGGACCUUCAAAUGCUCUCCAUUUUGGUUGGCCCUGCUGAUGUUGGAUCUCCAACGAUGGCUUGGCCAGGGCAUUGGAGGAGCCAGAAGAUGGGAGGUUGCUUCUGACAUCAGAUCUCUGUCUUCAGCAUAGGUUGAUCUGAUUUGUCCUAGGGGCCCUUAGGAUUGCAUGCUAAGUGCCUUAAUUUUUACUCGAACAAUAAUUCCAAACAUAUCACAUGUUAAGAGUUUCAGUCUACUGAAUUUUAAGGUAUAUCUUUUUUCUAGUUGAGAAAAUAGGAAAAGAAGAUUGUAGCGAACAAAUUUUACCUGCUCUUAAAAACAGGGCAAAUGUUUAGUUUUAGAGGGGGGGCUUCUGUGGGGCAGAAAAGCAGGUUGUUUGACUGCCAACAGCUAAAAGGCCUUUCCUUUCCUAGCACCAAUGCUUCAAUAAUCUUUGCAGUGCCCAUCAUGUUUCUGCUGUAAGAUCUCCCAUGUUGGAAGUGCACCUGCCUGAAUUUCAGCGUGAGUUCUGACAAAAUGUGUUUAAAGAAAAAAGACUUGAGAGACUGUAUUCAUGAAAAGCGGUGCACUUUAAAAUAGCAAGCAUUAUUUUCAAAGAUUAUUAAAGAGCCCUUUGUAUAAAGAGCCUUAUCCAAAAUGACAUUUCUGAGCUGUCGCAGUGGAGAAGAGAAGAAGCCGUGCUAUAACAGUAAGACGCUUUUCAAUAUGCAAAGGCCAGGGAGUUCUGGUGGAAGGAACUUAAUUUACUAUACAGAUUUCUCUAAACAUAAUACUUUAAGAUUGCAGUUUGAUGUCCCUUCCUUUGACAACGCCCCCCCCCCAAGUAUUUGGCCUAGCUAAAUCACAAACUUCUUGAAAUGUUAGUAAGCCUCCAAAAAAUUCAGUCUCAUGUUCAUUUAUGUCAAAAGUUUAAGAUAUUAGCAUCACUCCCUUUGUUAUUUAUUCAGCUGGGUUUCCUUCGAAUUCCUUAUCUGCACUGUAUGUUAUAUUUUUCUGCAUUGAAUAAUGUACUAUAAGUGCAUUUGGACAAAAGAUUUGGGCACUGACAGAUUGCCUAGCUAAAAACAAAGUGGAAGAAUUUUAAAGAAAAAUCAUGAGCCUGAAUAAAUUCUAUCGCAUCUUUUCAUACUUUUAGCAUACUGUGAGAGGCAGGCAAGCAAUAGUGAUACAGAUUACCAAACAAGCUUAUUACACAGCAAGAGUCUUACAAGGUUUGGGAAUACAAAAGAGGACACAAUGUGAGUUAUAAAGAUAUGCAAUUUUACAGUUUUCUAUCAUUUAAAAAAUUGAAUUAACUACUAAUGGAUUGUUUUACAAGUCUUGUUUUAAUUUUUCCCCAGAAUACAGAGAGGAUGUUCAAAAGAUGCAGAACCGAAUGACUAAUUCUUUCCGCAUAGGAGAGUCAUUUGCUGUGCCCAAAUGCCAAGCUCAGGGCUGGCAAGGGGUUUGGUGCAGAAGCUCCCCAGGGCCUCACAGCCUGGGGCAGCACUGGGGCCUGGCAGGUUUGGUUUGGCCGUGGGGCAGAGAUUUGCAUGCCUGCUCUGAGACCUGUUGUGAUAGGACUGGUGGUACUGACUGUUCCUUGAAUACGAAGGACAUGUAUUUCUCAACAUCAAGUAUUUUAGUUCCAAUCUUUUAAGAAAGGCAGGUGGGGUGACUCACCAAACUGUCACCCAGUAAUUUGUCUUGUUCCCACAAAAAAUAUAUAUGCAUGACAUCUUUUAGGUAAGUUAGAACAAUAGAUUGAAGUGAAGCAGGUACUCAGUCCUGUAGCCAAUGCAGGCUGGCUUUCUCAAUAGUACAAUUGAUCAAUGACGACGACGACGUUUUACAAAAGUACAUUAGCAGUCCACCCAAAAAAAGUGUGUUGCAUUUGUUGAACUCUCAUCUGACUUUGGGGGGAAACUUUACAGCCAAUUCACUGGAUAAAUGACAAAUGGCUGUUGUUCCUUAUAAUGAUGCAAAAAAUUGAACUGCACUUGCAGGCUGUCUUUUAUAUUCAAUAUUUACAUAAAGGGAGUACAACAGUGUUGUAUUUUGUCCCCACUACUGUUUUUAUGUAAUAACCCUCAUACAAUAACUCUCUUCUCUUCCCUGACUCCCCUCAACUGAUAACAUUCUAAUAGAGAAGAUUGCUUCUCCAAUCUGAAAUUUAUUGUAAGCAGGAAGAUUUAUACUGUAAUAAGAACAAAGUGGUGGUGUUUCUUAAAAGGCAUAAGUGGGUCCCGAAUGGUCAAACGGUGUUGCUUCAUUUUUGUGAAAACACCCUGUGGCACACACCCAUUUGGAAGCAAUUAAAAUGUCACCUGCCCAUUCAUUGGAUGCUAUAAAGACACUUUAUUGUGACCCUUAGGUCAUCAUUUGUUAAAAAUGACAAUAAAAAAUUUUGUUGCUAAAA